AUGACAGAAAAAAAAUGGUAUCACAAGAAAAAUAAAAAGGACAAAACUGAACAUCAUGCUGACAAACAUAAACCUGGUUUUUCUGGUGACAGUCAGCCUGUAGCAGGGGAAACAAGUUCAUUUGAGAAAGUUUCUUCUGAAAAAAUGCCCAAAAGUAGAAGCGAAAUUGAUUUUGAUAAAACCAAACAAGAAAUGCCACAGAGUUUUAAACAUCAAAAACAACAACUUUCCUCCACUGAGAAAGAAGGAGUUGAAUCUCAUCAAAAACAACAACCAUCUGAUUAUUCUAAGAGUGAAACCCAAAUUCAACAGAAACAUAAAAACCCUAAACAAAAAAUGAAAGUCCAAAGGCAACCUGAUUUACCGAUUAGUGAAAAACAACCUCCAUCUGCUCAGGGUGCUAAACAACAACCUCAACAACAGCAGCAGCAGUCACAAAGUUCGAUGCAACCUCCAUCAGCUUGGGGUGUCAAACAACAACCUCAACAACAACAACAACAACAGCCGCAAAGUUCGAUGCAACCUCCAUCUGCUUGGGGUGUCAAACAACAACCUCAACAACAGCAACAACAACAGCAGCAAAGUUCGGUGCAAUCUCCAUCUGCUUGGGGUGUUAAGGAACAACCCAAAUACAAAAAUUCAAAAGGUUCCGAAAGGUUUUUUGAGGAUUCAAAAUAUAAAAAGGGUUGGGACAAAAAAAAUACAGCAAAGCAACAACUUUCCUCUGCUGAGGAAGGAGGAGAUGAACCUCAUCAAAAACAACAACCAUCUGAUAGUUCUAAGAGUGAAACUCAAUUUCAACAGAAACAGAAAAAUCCUAAACAGAAAAUGAAAGUCCAAAGGCAACCUGAUUUACCAAUUAGUGAAAAACAACCUCCAUCUGCUCAGGAUGCUAAACAACAACCUCAACAACAACAACAACAACAGCCGCAAAGUUCGAUGCAACCUCCAUCUGCUUGGGGUGUCAAACAACAACCUCAACAACAACAACAACAACAACCGCAAAGUUCGGUGCAACCUCCAUCUGCUUGGGGUGUUAAGGAACAACCCGAACACAAAAAUUCAAAAAAAUCCGAAAAGUUUUUCAAGGAUUCGAAAAAUAAAAAGGUUGGGGACACUAAGAAUAUUCCGAAGGAAGGGAAAGGUGAUAGUCGGGAUCCUUCAGCCAAAUCAACAGAAUUAAUUACACAAAAACUCGACAAAAUGAAUUUAGAAAAAGGGCAGGAAGGCAGACGAAGUCCAAAUUCACCCGAUAAGCAGCUCAUACCAUUUGCACAAAAAAUAGUUGAUCCUCGGAAAGACGGCAGACGAAUUUUAGUGGAUACAAACUAUUUUCCUUUGAGAAUAUCCAAUCCUAACGUGAUUGUUUAUCAUUAUGACGUGGUUUUUAAUCCCGACACUCCAAAAUUCAUGCUUCGACUUGCUUGGAAUAAAUACGCAUCGGAUAAUUUCAAAAACCGAAUAACGGUUUUCGAUGGUAAAAAAAAUGCAUAUUCGAAAGGUCCGUUAAUUUCAAAUGGAAAUUGUCAUUCCGCUGGAGUAUCAAUUGUGAAUCCGAAUUCUGGAAAAAUAAGAGAAUUCAGCGUAUCCAUUCAGGAAGUUAGGCAAGAUUACAAGCAAAGUUUAGAACACAACGUAAAACUUCCAGAAGCUGAAAUAUCAGUUUUGGAAAUUAUUCUUAAAAACGGACCGAGUAAUACUCUCGUCCCUUGCGGUAGAUCCUUUUUCCCUAAAUCACAAAUGGGGAUUCGGGCGCGGAGCAUAUCUUCGUGUUUGGAUUAUAGAGCGGGACAUUAUCAAGCGGCAACUUUAGGAGAUCGUAUAUAUUUAAAUUUUGAUCUUGCUCAAAAAGCCUUUUACAAAAGUCUUCCGGUUAUUGAUGUUGCGUAUUCUUUUACAAGUUCGUACAAUAAUAGAAUAAAUUUGGAUUCGUUAAAUUAUUUCUUAAAAGGAGCAAAAGUGGAAUACAAAUUACCCAACAGUUCGGAUCCGGGUAAAAUCUAUAAGGUUAACGGUUUAGUUGGAAAUGCCGAAGAGGAAACAUUUGAGAAGGAUACGAUCACCAUGACCGUUGCAACAUAUUUUGCCAAAGAUAAAAAAUACCCUUUGAAACAUUCUCACCUUCCGUUACUGUGGGUCGGAUCGACGCAAAGAAAAAUCUAUCUUCCCAUGGAAUUUUGUAGAAUAGUUGAAGAUCAAGUUUUUAUGGGAGAAAUGUCUCCAGACGAAACUAGAGAAAUGGUCAAGCUUGCAACAUCGGAUGCCAAAACUCGAAAAAAAGAUAUUCUCUACGUUUUUAAUAAAGCAAAUUUUUCAAAUAACAUAUACAUGAAAGAAUUUGGACUCAGCGUCGAUAAGGACAUGGAAAGAAUUCAAGCGAGAAUAUUGGAGCCACCUUCUUUGAGAACGAAGGGAUCCGUAUUUGUCAAAGAUGGACAGUGGAAAAUUAGAGAUUUUUUCACUCCGACCGUUCUAGAUAAUUGGUGCAUUUUAUAUUUCGAUAAUUGCGUGCGUAAAGAAAAUUUAAACGAUUUUCAAAAUUUGAUAAAGAGAAAAGGAACGGAGUUUAACAUGCAAGUCAAAGAUGCGAUAAGAAAUCCCGUGGGAGGGAAUUCUCACCCGCGAGAAUUGGCCAGAACCUUACAGGAAUUGAAACAAAUGAAAUUAGUUUUUGUCAUAAUUCCAGAAACGAAAGGAUUAUAUUCAAAAAUCAAAAACAUAUGCGAAACGCAAGAAGGGAUACUGACUCAGUGCGUGCGAGCGAGAACCCUGUGUCAAGAUUUUAGAAAAUUUUCCACAACUGUAGAAAACAUACUUUUAAAAGUCAAUGCAAAAUUGGGGGGAAGGAACGUGAGCUUGGAUAAAAACAGUUUUCCGACUUGCUUAGAAGGGCUUGUAAUGGUGAUCGGAGCGGACGUGACGCAUUCCGGACCCGGAUCAAGAAUUCCGUCCGUGGCAGCCGUGGCCGUGAGUUGUGAUCCUCAAGCUUUUCAAUACGGAAUCUCGACUCGAGUUCAAAUCGGUGAAAUAAUACAAGACAUGGAAAACAUAAUAGGAGAACAUUUGAGAAAAUUUUAUCAGAUACGACAAAAUUAUCCGGAAAAAAUUAUAUUUUUUAGAGACGGAGUGUCGGAAGGAGAAUUGCCCAUCAUGAUGAAAACGGAAUUGGAAGCGAUAAAAAGGGCAUGCUCUCGCGUUCCUUCGUGUCGACCCAAAAUCACGAUGAUAGUCGUUCAAAAAAGGCAUCACACGAGAUUUUAUCCCGUCAAUGACGCAGAUGCAAUCGGAAGGAAUUUCAACGUUCCCGUGGGAACGUGCGUCGACACCGACAUCGUUCAUCCUCGUGAUUUAGAUUUUUACCUAGUUUCUCAUGCUUCCAUUUUGGGUACGGCGAGACCGACGAGAUACAGACUUUUGUACGACGACAAUCGUCUCACGGAUGAUGAAAUCGAAAAAAUGUCAUUUUAUUUAUGUCACAUGUUUUCGAGAUGCAAUCGAUCCGUUUCUUAUCCGUCUCCAACCUACAACGCUCAUUUGGCGGCUUUUCGCGUGAGAGCUUAUUUGGAAGCGAGAAAUUUAUCUAAAAACGACGAUUUAAAAUCUAUACAAGCAAAAUUAAAAGAUGUAAUUUCUCAAAAAAAUCCAAUGUUUUUUGUAUAG